AUGUUAUUGAGCAGAUUCAAGGGCAACCUCUACCCGCUGGUGAUCGAGGCGCAGACAUCGUUUUAUGGAAGCAUGCUCAGCGUGAAUAUAAGAGUUAUUUCUCGACGAGCCGAACGUGAGAGCAGAUACGAGGCAGACGAGAGAAGGUCAUCUGGAGCACUGUGGUUUGCGAUUAAGAAUCGAUUGUCUACUGGUGACCGUAUGAGGGUUUGGGGUUUGCAACAGGAGUGUUUGCUAUGUGGGGAGAAGGACGAAACUAGAUAUCACCUCUUUUUCGCCUGUCCAUAUAGCUUUAUGGUUUGGGUACGAGCAACGGGUAGCCUCCUUGGCAACCGUAUCACACCGGAUUGGCAGGACACAGUUACGAGGAUUCAGUAUGAUCGAGGCAAUAAGAUGGACAUGGUUCUGAUGCGCAUGGUCUUUCAAAUGGCGGUAUACCAUAUUUGGAGGGAGAGGAACACUCGAAGACAUGGGAAAGCUUGGAUACCUAUGGAGAAGUUGGCGUAUCAGAUUGAUAAGACCAUGAGAAACAUAAUCUUAUCUUUGAGAUAUUCGUAUGGAAGCAAGUUGGAGGGACUGAUGAGAAGAUGGUUUGAAGUUACAUCAUGA